AUGAUAGAGUCCAGUAAUCUAGUUUCACCUGAGGGAGCAUCAGUGGGCCCGUUUGAAAUCAAAUCCCCAAUAACCUCCACUCCAGGCUGUCCUAAGUCCCCUGAAAUUGUGCGCAUGAACUGGGGCUCCAUCACUAUCGGAACAGAAAUAUCUGGCGUCACGGUGAGCAAAAAGUUAUUUCGAUUCUUUGACAGGCCAAUUGUUUGA